CAGAGUUAUAAAUAUUUAAUAUCUCAUCCAUCAAUCGCACUUUUACUGUCGUCAUCGAACCUAGUGAUCCUCACGGCAUCUUGCUUAUUAAGCAGUUCAAAAAAAAAAUGAAGCUCUUCGCUCUUCUCGCACUCACUGCUUCCUUUGGCAUGGCCAGCGCCUCUAAUGCCUAUCUGAGCAACCGGCAGGACUUUCCUGAUGACCAACAAUGCGUUCAAGUCGGCGAAUACUGUUGCACAUGGGAGGGCUGUGCGGACUGCUGCAGCAACCUUUUGACGAAGUGUGACUUGAGCAUCGAUGCUGCACAGGGCAAGUGUGUGUGGGAUAUUUAAGAGAUGUUAUGCAUCCUGGACACCUGUAAAAAGAGGUGUAUCAGACCAGAGCUUUGGUUAUCGGGUAUUGGGAUGUGUGCAGUUUUAGUCUUGUCUAUAUAGUAUAUCAAAGAGACCUACUCACUUUGAGGAGUAAAAUUGGCCAAC